AUGGUUGGUCAGGAGAAGGGUGUCAAGGUAUGCCUACUUACUUUCUUUGAUGGACUUGCUGUUCCCCCUGUAUGUACAGCCAGCUAUACGGGAAUAAAUUGCACAGAGUUCUGUAACUGUCCAGAGUACUCGGAAUGUGAGAAGGACUCUGGUUUCUGUACAUCAUCGGGAGGACAAUGUGAGAUUGGCUAUGUUGCCGACUCUCCAGAGAGACCAGAUGGAUGUGCCACAUUUGCUGGAUGUUUUGAGUCUUGUUCUAAGACAUGUCACUGUGCUGGUGGUGUCGAGGACUGUAACCAGGAGACCGGGACGUGCUCUCAAGGUACAUGUCAUCCACGAUGGACGGGAGACAAAUGUCAAACUGAUCGCUUUAGCGUUAGACGAGCAAAAACCAACCCGGGUAUUGCAAUUUUUUCCUGCACAUUUGAUACCGACACAAGUGGCAACAUCCCCUCCACAAAGGCUACUGUAGGGGAUUUCUCAAUGGAAAACUGGGAAAACGCACAGGCCGUUGAUACUGCUACUGAUCAGUCUUCAUUACAAUCAAACUUUACGUUUUCCGUUAAUGUCAACGGAAAUCAACCCAUCUACUGUUUAGUUGGCACAUUAACAAGUGAUAUUGGAUUUGCUUUUUUCAGGUUGCCACCACCUGAAACAUUCGUUCUCCCGGUCUUUAACAAGGCGCCUGAGGUAGCAGAACUAGGUUUCAACUAUGUCAUCAUUGCUUGGGAUUCUUGGAACGGAAACGUUGAUGUUGGUGAGGGUCCAAUUAUUGGGUACCAGGUCUACGUUACUGCUUCAGAUGGGAACGAAACAAAUACGUUUAUAACAUCAUCAGGUGUUCCGAUGGAGAUGGGAUCCUCAGGGAUUGCGUCCUUAAGGAAGAGAAGACGAGCAGAUGAAGGGCCACUGAUGUACAACGUAACUGGUCUGGGUGAUGGCCAAGCAUAUGAGAUUCAAAUUUCAGCAGUUCGUGAGGGACUUAACGGUGAAGGAGAGAAAGGACCUGCUCUGAGGGUGAUAACUCUCAAAAUAGCACCCCCUCCUGGCUCUUUUGCAAUUGGCGCCAUCGCUGGUGGGGCAGCAGGAGGACUAAUCUUCCUUCUACUGCUUAUUGUCAUCAUCGUCAUCAUUGUAGUACGGAGAAGAAGAAAACCACGCAACGAAGGCUCCAAACCGGUCACCUAUAAGAAUGAUAACGAUUAUAUCGGUGGCAUAUCCGGAGGUACAUCAAAGUCUACUCCAACCGUGACACCGAGGAAACCGAUGGUCCUACAAAAAGCAUCCACCAUGCCUGAACCACCAUUGGCUCAAAACGGUUUGGACGAGGUUGAUGUACCAAAAUCCAGUAGGUCGGAGGAAUGGCCAAAGGAGCGUCGCCCGAUACCCCUCUCACAGUUUGCUACCCUCGUUCAGAAGAAUAGACACACAGACGUGUUCUACGAGGAAUUCCUUUGCUUACCAGGCGCAAAUAUCUUCCCACAAACCGUUGCGAAAAAGCAGGUCAAUUUUGAGAAGAACAGAUACAAGAACAUCCUGCCAUAUGAUUUCUCAAGGGUUAAGCUGGCAAUCAUCAACAACGACCCGGAUUCAGAUUACAUCAAUGCUUCUUACAUACCGAGCUUUGGAAAUCAGCGUGCGUACAUUGCGUCACAAGGACCAAAGAAUGAAUCGAUGGAUGAUUUCUGGCGGAUGGUGUGGCAAGAGAAUGUGAAAACAAUAGCCAUGGUGACCAAACUCCAAGAGGGAAACAAGAUUAAAUGCCGUCAAUACUGGCCGCAGUCGACCUCUGUAAACUUUGGGGACUUCUUAGUGGCAUUGGAUUCUGUCGCAAAUUGUACCGGAGGAUUAAAGCGAACACUGUUCUUGACGAAGGGGGCGAACACCAGGGUUGUAAGCCAAUAUCACUUCACGGAGUGGCCACUCCAAGCAGUUCCUAACAGCACAUCUACUCUGCUGAAGUUUAUCUCUGAGGUGCGGAAGGACCAUGGACUAAAUAGCUCUCCACUCCUGGUUCAUUGCAGUGCUGGCGUUGGACGGACGGGUGUACUGUUGAGUAUAGACAGUGUCGUAGCUGAAGCGAAGAGAACCAAGGAGGUCGAUAUCUUCGGUUAUGUGUCAAAGAUGAGACAAAACCGACCUUACAUGGUGCAAACAAAGGAGCAAUAUACAUUUGUGUACGUGGCCGUGCUCGAAGCUUUGUUCUCCGAAGAUACCAGGAUCCAGGCUUCCCACUUCGACUCCACCCUGAUGAAUCUUCAAGAAGUUCCUAGAAACAGCAAAAGAAGAUGCACACUGUUGUCUAUACAGUUUGAGAACAUGAUGGUCGUUUGUCCUGAUCCUCCAGCCUCGUUGAUCAGAACUGCUACGAAGACAGAAAAUCGUUCGAAGAGCCGUUACACCAACAGCCUUCCAAUGGACAGGAACCGAGUCAUCCUUCAGUCUAGGGGCUCUUCAGAUUCGGACUUCGUCAACGCGAGCUUCGUGAAGGGUAUUCGACACAGGUUCAUCACCACCAGAUGCCGAUGCCGAACACCGUAGCUGAUUUCUGGGCCAUGGUCAUCGACUACCAUCCCUCCAUCAUCGUCAUGCUCAACGAUGAUGAUAAAAGUAACGAGAGCUGUGCACGAUACUGGUCUGACAAGGGUGUAACAACCUUCGGAUCUGUCUCUGUCACCACGCUGUCUGUCUCAGAGAGAAGAGGAUUCAUCGAGAGAGAGAUAGAGGUUACUCAGAACAACCCAAAGGCUCGCCAUGUUGUAAAGCAGUAUCAGUUCAUCUACUGGCCUACUAAGGCAGAGGAACGAAGGGACCGCGCGCCUUAUCUUCUGAAUCUUAUGACAGAAGUGGAGGACAGUUUUAGUGGAGUUGCAGAGGGGUUUCCUGUCCUGGUUCACUGCCUGAACGGAGUGGGUCGAACAGGUGUAUUCUGUACCAUGCUUGAGUGCAUCGCACAGAUAAACGAAGAGGACGCUGUUGAUGUCUUCCAAACGGUCAAGAUGCUGCGAAAUGAGAGGAUGCACUUCGUAGAAA